UGCUAGGGAAUUAGACACGUGGAUCACUUUGGGUUCAUCUGCAGAGAGUCUUCAGAAAAUGGAGGCUUCCACUUUGUUUGCUAUGUGUUUCAGUGUACGGAUGAAGCACUGGUUGAUGAAAUCAUGAUGACAUUGAAACAGGCUUUCACUGUAGCUGCAGUGCAACAGACUUCCAAGGCCCAGCCACAGCUCUGUGAAGGAUGCCCUCUGCAAAGCUUGCAUAAACUCUGUGAAAAGAUAGAAGGGCUACAUCCUUCUAAGACUAAACUAGAACUACAGAAGCAUCUGACAACACUAAAUACCCAGGAACAAGCCUCAGUUUUUGAAGAGGUUAAGAAAUUAAGACCAAGAAAUGAGCAAAAAGAGAAUGAGCUGGUUAUCUCUGUUUUGAGAAACAUGUACGAAGAAAAGCAGAAGGACCAUGUUCAUAUUGGAGAAGCAAAGCAGGUAAGUAAUCAUUCAGUUUCUGCUCAUGUGUCUAGCAGUACGUCAAGGUUCAGAUUAGAUAUGUUAAAGAAUAAAGCAAAAAGAUCUCUGACAGAAUCAUUUGAAAAUAUUUUAUCACGUGGCAGUAGAGCCCGAGGUCCACUAGAGAGUUCUGCGAGUGUGGAUUUGGAGAGCUCUGUGUCCAGCACGUUAAGCAGCACAAGUAAAGAACCACCUCCAUGUGAAAAAGAGAGAGAGAGGCUUCCUACCCUUCCUCCAGAAAACUCUGUCAAGAGCAGUGGCUCAGUGGGUGACCUGUCCAGUGACCAGGAUAGUUACCCUGCUGAGCAGGCUGCCAAGUUACCUCAGCAGAGCUUUCGACGGCGAGCGAACACGUUGAGCCAUUUGCCAACAGAAAGCCAGGACUCUCUGGAGCCAGUUGAAAAGUCACCGUCUGUUCCGCAGAGGAAACUUAUGAGUGACUACGAAUCCCAACACGGCCAGCAGGCUGCUGGAGCUGACAGCCCCGUGAGGACUCGGCGGCAUUCGUGGAGGCAGCAGAUAUUCCUGCGCGUGGCGACGCCGCAGAAAGCGUGCGACUCCCCCGGCCGAUACGAUGAUUACUCUGAGUUGGGAGAGCUUCCACCCAGAUCUCCCCUAGAACCAGUGUGCGAAGAUGGCCCUUUUGGGCCAGUGAAAGAAGAGAGGCAACGAACACCUCGGGAGCUCCGUGAGCUGUGGAAGAAAGCCAUUAUUCAGCAGAUACUGCUGCUCAGGAUGGAGAAGGAAAAUCAGAAGUUACAAGCCUCAGAAAACAAUUUGCAGAACAGACGUCUGAAACUUGACUAUGAAGAAAUCACACCCUGCUUAAAAGAUGUAACUUUGAUUUGGGAAAAAAUGUUGAGUACACCUGGAAGGUCAAAGAUUAAAUUUGAUGCGGAAAAAAUACAUUCUGCUGUUGGGCAAGGUGUACCUCGUCACCACCGUGGAGAGAUUUGGAAGUUUUUAGCGGAGCAAUACCAUCUUAAACACCAGUUUCCAUGCAAACAACCACCAAAGGACACUCCGUAUAAAGAGCUCCUGAAACAACUAACUUCCCAGCAACAUGCAAUACUUAUUGACCUAGGACGCACAUUUCCAACACAUCCAUACUUCUCAGCACAGCUGGGAGCGGGGCAGCUGUCACUCUACAAUAUUCUGAAAGCCUAUUCCCUCUUGGACCAGGAAGUAGGAUAUUGCCAGGGCCUUAGCUUUGUAGCAGGUGUUCUACUACUUCAUAUGAGUGAAGAAGAUGCAUUUAAAAUGCUGAAGUUUCUCAUGUUUGACAUGGGCCUGAGAAAACAGUAUCGUCCUGACAUGACUAUUUUACAGAUCCAGAUGUAUCAACUGUCUAGACUUCUUCAUGACUACCACCGAGAUCUCUACAACCACCUAGAGGAACACGAGAUUGGUCCCAGUCUCUAUGCUGCUCCAUGGUUUCUCACCAUGUUUGCUUCUCAGUUUCCCCUCGGAUUUGUGGCCAGAGUAUUUGAUAUGCUGUUUCUUCAAGGGUCAGAGGCUAUAUUUAAAGUUGCCUUAAGCCUUUUGGGAAGCCACAAACCCUUGAUUCUACAACAUGAGAACCUAGAAACUAUAGUUGAUUUUAUUAAAAGCACUCUUCCAAACUUGGGUUUGGUACAGAUGGAAAAGACCAUUAGUCAGGUGUUUGAAAUGGAUAUUGCCAAGCAGUUGCAAGCUUAUGAAGUUGAAUACCAUGUGCUUCAGGAUGAGCUUAUAGAUUCAUCUUUAAAUGACAAUCAGAGACUGGAUAAAUUAGAAAAGGCAAACAGUAGCUUGCGCAAACAGAACUUUGAUCUCCUGGAAGAACUACAGGUGGCUAAUGGAAAGAUCCAAAACCUGGAAGCCACUGUGGAGCUUUUACUGACCAAUGAAGGCAAACUGAAGGAGUCAAUUCUCACUCUUGAACAGGAGCGGGAAGCUUUACUGAACACAGUGCAAAAGUUGCAGAAAAAGAUCAGUGAUACAGAUGGGAAACCUGCACUUAUUAGGCAAGAGCACAUGGAUGCUGACUGACAGCUGCAGUUGUAAUGGAGCAGACCAGCUGAGCAAAAAGCAAAGGGAAGAACUGAGGCUUUUUGUACUGAUAACACAGAGACAUGACACUGUCAUCCUCACUGUUGCACGCCUUCCUGUAGCAAAGCAAGGCAUGGGCAUGGUGACUGCCCAAAUCAGAGAAACGAGGUC